UGAACUACGAGAGCUGAAAGAUUUGCAUUCAUUUCAUACGCUAAUAUCUGAAGUAUGUCCUACAAUAAAGCGCGACGUGGUCGAGGAAACUUUUGGGAUACCAGACCUAUAAAUCCUCUAGUUCAGUUGAAAGAAUCACCAUUUCCGCCUCUCGGACGUUUGAUAGAAGCUAUUGAUGCAAAAGCCCUAGAAGAUAUUGACGGCGAUGAAUGCACGCAUUUUGGAAUCAAAGAUGUUAAGCCUAUAGCAUCAUAUAACUGGGUUGAUCAAAAGGCUCCAAAAAUAAUUGUUCCUGGUCGUCCGGCUCUUUGGAAACCACUGACCGAUCAUCGAAAGCUUCAAGAAGAUAACGGCGUAUAUUAUCGCGAUCAGAAUUCAGCCUUCUUCUCAAAGCACCCUCUUGAACCCGCGAUCAUUUCCGUCAUGAAGAUGCACCCAGAUUCAUUUGACAUUGAUAUUGUCGGCUGUAAUAGUACUUUUGGAAACCUUUUGCGUUUUGUUCGAGGCGUUGAGAGCACUUUCCGUAUGCUUGUUGAAGUUGUAGGCAAAACUGUGCAUCUAGUGCGAAGAGAAAAUUCGCCAAAAGAGCAGAUGAUAGGAGUCAGAGGCUAUGGACAUGCUUUCCCAGACGCUUAUACCACAUGGGCGCAUGAUGUCCAGCCGUCUAAAUCGCAUCACAGAAUUACUAGAUGCCGAUUUGGAAAGCUUGAUUUGCUGAUGCGGCAGAGCUCAGAUGGCUACAUUGAAGAAGAUAAUGAUAAGAGCCCAUCGACUGCUAUGCCAUCUCCAGCUAUCGAUGAAGACAUAGCCAAUCUUCUUGGAGAUCUCACUAUAGAGCCAUCGCCUACUAAGUCGACUAAAAUUGGACAGCUUGAAGUAGUCGAUGGCGGUCAGCUAACGCCACAGUCAUCUGCCUUUGAUCUAAAGACUCGCUCAAUAAAAGCCAUCGAUAGAGACACUCUUGGAGAGGAACUGCCGCGCUUGUGGGUUAUGCAAAUCCCCAAUUUUAUACUUGCGCACCACAAAUAUGGGACUUUCUGCAACAUUGAAGUUUCUAAUAUCCGAGAUGACAUUGAAAACUGGGAAAAAUCUCAUCAGGCAGACUUGCGCCGUUUAAGCGCUCUCCUGCACCGCAUAAUUUCUAUGGCAUUGGAGAAAGAAGGCACCUUGCUGGAAAUUGUUAGGGUACAAGAAGGUGUCUUAGAGAUUCGAGAACGCCUCCCAGAGGCAGGUGUAGCAUUUUCAACAGAGGUGAAAGAAAAGUGGUUGAAGUGGCUUGAAGACACCGAAGAAGACACUGAAGAGAUUGAUGAUGAUAGUGAUAGUGGCAGCGGUGAUUUCACUGAAUGCAAUGAGGAAUGCGGAUAUUGUGGCAAAUGUAGCUCUUGACCUCAUUACGUUAUUUUCUGAUAGCUUGAAUUACUACUUUCAUUUCUACCGG